CUCAGUCAGUGAGUGCGAUAUUUACUGGGUCACUUCCGGAGUGUACAGAGCAAACCGUUACAGUUGGGUGUGAUUGUGGGAAGUGAUUUUCGAGAAAAAACAGUGCAAAGGCAAGUAAACAGACAUGGCUCUGCUAUUGUAUGUCGCUAUUGGAUUGGUGAUCGCGGUGCUGAUCUUCUUCUUCAUGAAGUCCUCGAAGGAGAUGCCCAAAAAUUGGUCCCAGUUUGUUUCGGAGUUGAAGGUGCAGCAGUGCGGCUUCGUCGGUAUCGUGGAGGAUAUAGUGCUUCGAGGGGCCAACAAAGUCACUCUCUACAAACAGCCCGGGAAAAUUGCCCUCAUCACCGGUGGAAAUCGCGGCAUCGGUUUGCGGAUCGUGAAAAAGCUCGUCGAGUGUGACAUCGAAGUGAUAUUAGGUGUCCGCAAUCCGGUGGAGUCGAAAAAAGCGGUCGAAAAGUACCUGGAGCAUGGAAAGCUGGCGGCCGGAGCGAAGCUGCACUUUGAACAGCUCGACAUCGGCAGCAUGAAAUCGGUUCGGACGUUUGCCGGCAAAAUUCAGCCCAAGUUUGAUAAAAUCCACAUUCUUAUCAACAACGCCGGCGUCAUGUGCGUCCCAUACAAACUCACCGAGGAAGGCUUCGAAUCGCACAUGGCCAUCAACCACUACGGCCACUUCCUGCUCACGCACCUCCUUCUGCCGCAGCUCCGAGCCGCCGGAACCCCGGACUGCCAUGCUCGGAUCGUAAAUGUGUCCUCAUGCGUGAACAAAAUCGGCGAAAUCAACUACAGCGACAUCAACAUGACCAAAAAUUACUACCCCUCAAGAGCGUACAACCAGAGCAAGCUAGCCCAGAUCCUGUUCACCAAGCACAUCAACCUCCAGUUCGAGGAAGAUAACGACCCAAUCCAGUCGCACUCGCUGCACCCCGGGGUCGUCAAUACGGACCUGUUCGAGCACUCCAGCACCAACUACGUCCCGUGGGUCAGACAGUUGCUGUUCAAGAACCCCGAACAGGGAUCCCGCACCGUGGUGUACGCGGCCAUCGCACCGGAACUGGAAGGCAAGGGCGGUACCUACCUGAGCAACUGCCGCGUGGCCAGCUGCCAUCGCUUCUGGAAGAACUCGGUCCAGUGCGAUAAGCUGUUCCAAUUCACCUGUGAUACGCUAGGCAUUAAGGACUUUUUCCACAAGGAGUUGAAAUAAUUUCGCCCCGAUAAUUUCCGUCGCAAUGGAUGCAAUUCAAUCGGUUAUGUUUGUUUCGUUCUUACUUCUGUGCACACAACAAAUAUUGGGGAUGCUACUUCAGCGAGGGUCGAGGAAAACGCUGUUGAAUCAAUGCAAGUGUAAUAAAGCUAUACAAAGAGUGGUUCCGGGAAUGCGCCCGGAAAGGAAGAGACUAAUGGACUUUCUCCCUAUCCGCACGCUUCCUUCUCCACCCCUACCGUCCAUCCUUAUAUAUAUA